AAUUAAAGUUAAAAUUUGUAAAUAUAACCUAAAAACUACGUUUAUUUUAUGAUAUUUUGGAUAUUAUAAGAGGAGCAUGUUCCAAAAGUACUCAGCAUAAUGGUUUUUAUUACGAAAAUAUUAUUCUUUGCAAAGUCAACCAGAAUUCCCAGACAAUACGUGAAAAGUGGUUUCACAGAUUCGCUAAGACUUUUUGUCAAAGGCGGUGCUGGUGGUAAUGGACUACCAAAAUUUGGUGGUAUUGGGGGUCAAGGUGGAAACAUUUCAGUGGUAGCAAAAGAGUCAAUAACACUAGAUGAUGUAUUUAAAGCAAACAGAAGCAAACGCAUUUUUGCAAAAGAUGGUAAAAACAGCAGUCACAACUUCAUACUGGGACCACCUGGUGAUAACAUUAACAUUGAAGUACCUGUGGGUGUAACUGUUUAUUCAGAUGAAGGAAAGAAACUUGGUGAAUUGAACAAAGAAGGAGACCAGAUCUUAGUUGCUAAAGGAGGAUAUGGUGGACAUCCAAAGAAUGGUUUUAUGGGUAAAAAGGGGCAAUCAUAUUCAAUCAAGUUGGAUCUGAAGUUAAUUGCUGAUAUUGGUUUGGUUGGUUUCCCCAAUGCAGGGAAAAGCACUCUACUAAAAGCAAUAUCACAUGCAAAACCGAAAAUUGCGAAUUAUCCAUUUACCACAAUCAGACCAAAUUUAGGUAUAAUUAUGUACAAAGACUUGAGGCAAAUAUCCAUGGCUGAUCUUCCUGGAUUAAUAGAGGGUGCACACAAUAACAGAGGAAUGGGACACAAAUUUCUUAAACAUGUAGAAAGAACAAAACUCUUGUUAUUAGUUGUUGAUAUCAAUGGAUUUCAACUUGGUCCACAGUAUGACUUCAGAUCAUGCAUAGAUACCAUUGUUUUAUUGAAUAAGGAAUUAGAAAUGUACAACAAGGAUUUGCUUAAUAAACCAGCAAUGAUAAUUAUAAACAAAAUGGAUUCAGAGGGAGCUAUGGAGACUUUCAAAAGUAUAGAAGAUAAAAUUAAAAAUUUAUCAGAAAUUUUCAAAGAUUAUCCUGAAGAGUACAGACCUGAGCAGGCGCUCAAAUUCGAAAAAGUGUUGGCAAUAUCGGCGAAAGAGAACGUAGAAGACAUCGGAAUGGUCAAAACUAAGUUGAGGAAGACGCUGGAUGUUUUCGCUGAGAUUCAAGAAGAAGGUAAACAGGAGGAUAAUAGUGAUAUGUUUAAAAAAAUGAAAGAUGACCUGAAGGAAAGGGCGCCGUUACUUGUGUAAUAACCUUGUAUGUAUGGAAUAAAUUUUAUUGUUUACGUUUA